CUUUCUCUAACAUCACUCUCCCUUUACACAACCUCCCAAGAAUAGGACCCUCUCCUUCUCUUCCUCUCCGUUACUUUCUUCCCCACCAAAAAAAGCCUCUCUCACUUUCUUUUUUUCCUCUUUCAUUUAUUUACAGUAAUAACCAAUGGAACAACAACAACAACUAACUCCGGAGCUCCUCCUUGUCACCGGUAACACUGACUCUUUCGUUGUUGAUGACCUUCUUGAUUUUUCUAACGACAACGGCCAACCUGACGACGGAUUUGAAGCCUUUCCUGACUCUUCCACCGUCUCCGCCGGUACUCUCGCCGAUAGCUCCAACUCCUCGUCGUUUCACACCGACGGUAGUGCGUUUUCCGACGACCUCUGUGUUCCGUGUGAGGAUUUAGCUGAACUAGAAUGGCUAUCAAACUUCGUGGAAGAAGAAUCAUUCUCAAAAGAAGACCAAGACAAACUCCACUUACUCUCCGGCGCCUUAAACAAACCUCAAACCACCGGUUUACCCCAAACCAAACCAGAACCGGAACCCGAACCGGAGUUGGAUCAAAUCUUUAUCCUAACCGACACAGACGACUCCAACGUUCCCUUUCCCGCCAAAGCAAGAAGCAAACGCUCACGCUCAGCAGCCUCCACGUGGGCCUCCCGUCUUUUAUCCACCCCCGGCUCCGACGAGCCCUUUCCAAAGAAGAAACACGACGUCUCCGGAGACACUGACGGCGACGCCGGAGGGGAGAGACGGUGUAUGCACUGUGCGACGGAUAAGACGCCACAGUGGCGGACGGGACCAAUGGGACCAAAGACGUUGUGCAAUGCGUGCGGCGUACGGUACAAAUCGGGAAGGUUAGUGCCGGAGUAUAGACCGGCUUCGAGUCCGACGUUUGUGAUGGCGAGACACUCUAACUCUCACCGGAAAGUGAUGGAGCUGAGGAGACAGAAGGAGAUGAGAGAUGAGCGUUUGCUGAGUCAGCUUCGGUGUGAGAAUGUCUUGAUGGAUGUUAGAUCGAACGGUGAGGAGUUCUUGAUCCGUAAUGGUAAUAACCACGUGGCUCAUGAGUUUAGACACUUGAUCUGAUUCUGUAUUUCCACGUGGAUAUAUUCAGAAGAAUAAGUUCUUCAUAGUUUUUUUUAUUACUUUUAACGUUUUAUUUGUUUUCAUUUCUUGCAGAAUAGUACUAAUAUAUUUUAAUAAAGUUUUAUUUUUGC